CACUGCCCCACGCGGGGUUGUUCUCCCGGGGAUACGAGUACAGUACUCGUACAACACGCCCUGCCAUCCAUCCAUCCAUCCAUCCAAUUUACCCCGUUCGUUGGAUAAAGGAGGUGAGAUCGAAUCACGAACCAGAACCAAAAAGGCAGUCAGGAUGUUUUUGAUUUCUUUUCCUCCAGCUCUCUUUCCGAAAUAUUUAUCGAAUUAUUAUUGUUAUAAGACUUUGGCUUUUAUAAACUGCGCGGAAGGUUUACUGUAUUGAGUACAAGCUUUUGGAUUUUUUACCCCGCUGUGUCCACACGGUACCUCACAUACGCAUAAGCUUCAAUGGCGGAGAUGGGAGAGCAAUCGAAGUUGAGGAUUGUGGUUGGUGGGGAUGAUGGUAAGAAGGUUAUUUUCUUCGUUUCCUUCUUACUUUUCUAUACGUACAAUAUCCAAAAGUCAAUCUAUCUCUAUCCCUCUUUCUCUCCAAAAAGGAAAAUAAAAGAUUAAAUCAUAUCCCUACCCCUUCCACACCCCUCAUUCCCCCAAUCUCUCAUUCUCUCAUUCUACCAACCUCCCCUUCCCCCGUGUUCUGUACAAAAGAGCACAAGCAGGAAACAAGAGAGAAGAAGAUAACAACAACCUAACACUGCUUCCAGCGGGCUACGAAUACAAAAAAGCCCUCACAACCCUCCUCCGCACCAACCCCCACGUCCUCGAAAUCCACGAUGUAGGUCCCCACUCCGCGGACGAUAAAAAAGCCUACCCACACUUCGCAGUCGACGCCGCGUUACAGAUAAAAGAAGGUUUUUCUCCUUUCCCAUCCCCCCUUUCCCCCCCAAACCCUUCCCCAAACAUCCCCCUCACACAAAAAACAGGCAAAGCCGACCGCGCGCUCCUCAUCUGCGGCACCGGCCUGGGCGUCGCCAUCGCCGCCAACAAAGUGACGGGCAUCCGCGCCGUCACCGCACAUGAUAGCUUCAGUGUUGAGCGCGCGGUGUUGAGUAAUGAUGCGCAGGUGUUGUGUCUGGGACAGAGGGUUAUUGGGUUGGAGGUUGCGAAGAGGCUUGUGGGGGAGUGGGUGGGGUAUCGGUUUGAUCCUGUGAGUUGGUUUUUUUUUUUACUGAGAUGGUGGGGGGACGAGGGGGUGUGAUGAGAGGAAGGCGGGGAGAGGGAGGGAAGGGGAAAGAGAAAGAGAAAGGCUAAUGUUUGGUACUGUAGACGAGUGCUUCGGCUGAGAAGGUUAGAGCGAUUAAUGAGUAUGAUUUGGUGCACUAG